AUGGAAAGAGAUAAUAGUAUUAACAACAGGAUUAAUAACUUAACUAGUUUGAAUGACAAGGAUUUAAACUCAAUUAUACGUAGUGUAAAUUUAUUAAUGGAACAUUUCCAAAGACAUAAAGAAGAGGUAGAAAGGUAUAAAUAUGAAUUGGUUAGUUUACAAGAGGAGUUAAAUAAUAAAAAUCAAAUAAUUAAACAGUUAAAAGAAAAAAUUAAUGGUUUUGGUGAAACGAAAUGCGAGAUAAAGUUUUAUAAAGAUUUGAUCUAUACAUUCGAAAAGGAGUUUAUUGAGUUUUUUAAAGAAAAAAAUAGGUUAUAUAAGGAGGCUGAUCUGAAAUAUAGGGAAGAUAAAACAUACAGUUCUAACAACUCACCAAAUAACGCAAUAAAUAGAAACCAAACUAUUACCGAGGAGAUAGGUGGUCAUAGUCCAGAAGAAUAA